ACUUCGCACGUACAUCACAGAGAUUGUUCUCAAGAUGCCAGCGGACCCAGUGGAAUUUCUCGGACUUUGUCUAAGGCAACACACAGAAAUCGCCAAGUUGGAACAGGCGGAGCGGGAGCUUUAUGAAGCUGAAGUACCUACAAUUGAGGAGGACACUAAUACUGAGCACUCAUUCGUGUUGAUCGAUGAAGCCGACAUCGAAGUCGUGAAAGGAGAGUCGGACUACCAAACUGACCAAAUCGUUCAGGGGACUGCUGCAGAAGCAGAAGCUGAUCAGUACGUCUCGUUAACCAACGAACGAAAAGAGGACCAAGGUGACGAACCCAGUAUGCAGCAAAUGGACGAGCACCGGUUGUCUUCAGAUGAAGAGAAGGAGGAAAAUGGGGCAGACGAACCGGCUGAGGCAGAUGGUGUUCUUGAAGGGACACCGAACGAGUGAAGGUUGCGACAUUAAUAAACCUCCGCUCUGAUCCUUUGCUCUCUGUAAUUUAGUUGUGGUAGGAUUUCUGUCCUACCUCCUUGGUGACAUUAAGAGGAAUUCUGUUUCAGUGUCCUACUUAA